AUGGCUAUCUCUAGCAAUGGGCCUUCGUGCCGCGAUCUGGACAAUACCGUCCGCGUUGGUAUGAGGAACUGCCGCGGAGGAUUCGACUUCUCUCUUCUCUUUGAAGAGACUAUCCUGGAAAUCCUGCCUAUUGCCUUAAUUUUAAUCAUUACUCCUCUCCGUGUCUGGCAACUCUCGCAAAAACGACAAAAGGUUGUCGGCUCAUUAUGGCUACCUGUUAAACUCGCUGCUUGGUUGUUCUUCUUCGGUAUUCAAAUCGCCCAAACAGUCCUCUGGGCUCUGCCCGGUGCCGAUAGAACUUCGGUCUCAAUUGCGUCCAAUGCAAUUCUGAGUGCUGGUGCAUUGUUCCUUGCUGUGCUUUCGUAUGCAGAGCACACGCGGUCUGUCCGACCUUCAUUCGUUUUAAACACCUACCUUCUCUGCAGUCUGCUUUUCGAUGCUGCGCGGGCCAGAACCUUGUGGCUGCGGUACACCGACACAUUCAAUGAGGUCAUUGCAGUUGUUAGCACCGUUGCUGUUGCAGCCAAAUGUCUUCUUGUCCUCUUGGAAGCAGUUGAAAAGCGAAGUAUCUUGAAGACGGAGUUUGCCGGUUACCCUCCUGAGGCGACAGCUGGAUUCUACAACCGAUCCUUGUUCUGGUGGUUGAACCCUCUCUUCCGCGUUGGCUACAGCAAUAUUUUGUCUGUCAAAGACCUUUUCGUUUUGGACAAAGAGUUGAGUUCUGAGAGACUUCUUGCCCUAUUCGAGGAGAGAUGGAGCAAAGUCCAAACAAAAUCUCCCAACACAUUACAAUUCGAAUGCUUCAAGGCGACCAAAGGGCCCCUCCUGGCUGCUGUUCCUGCUCGAGCAUGUGUUGUAGCAUUUAACUUCUGUCAGCCUGUCCUCCUGACGCGGUCGCUCAAUUUCUUCGAUCAACCAGUAAACGCCGCCACCAACAAUGUUGGCUAUGGUUUGAUCGGUGCUUAUGUCCUGGUCUAUACCGGACUUGCAAUUGCAAUGGGCCAGUACCAGCACAACACUUACCGCGGAAUUACUAUGGUGCGCGGUAUCUUGGUCACCAUGCUCUACAAGAAAGCUAGCAGCCUCGGCGUCAACGAGGCUGAUCCCGCCAACUCGCUUACUUUGAUGAGUGCCGAUGUCGAGAGAAUUACCAAUGGUUGGCAGACUAUGCAUGAAAUCUGGGGUAACACCUGUGAGAUUGGAUUGGCGAUCUUCCUGCUGGAGCGCCAGCUCGGUAUCUCCUGUGUCGUUCCCGUUUGCGUGGCAUUGGUUGCCUUGCUUGGAUCUCUGGUCGCAAUGUCCUUUGUUGUAUCUCGGCAAGCCAGGUGGCUAGAGGCUAUCGAGCGCCGCAUCUCAUCUACUUCAGGCAUGUUGGGAUCUAUCAAGGGUGUCAAGAUGCUGGGCCUGCAGAACUCUUUCAUGAAUUUCGUUCAUGGUCUGCGUAUUGACGAACUCAACAUCUCCAAGAAGUUCCGUACCCUUCUUGUCUGGAACAUGGGAUUCGCCUGGUCGACUCGUAUUUUCGCCCCAAUUGUCACCUUCGGUGUCUACGCUGCUAUCUCUCCGCAUGCAUUGACCGUUUCGAAAGUCUUCACUUCACUGUCGCUCUUCUCUCUUCUCUCUGACCCUCUUAUGACCUUGGUGAUGGCUCUGAUGUCAUUCUUGGGUUCUGUCGGAUCGUUCGUUCGUAUCCAGGAGUUCUUGGACAAGGAGGAACACUCCAAUCAGAGACGGGAUGUCCCUCAUAUUCCUUCUCUUGAGGAUUUGGGGGAGACCAAGCUUCUUUCCAAAUCUGGCGAUCUGGACCUUUCCUCGAGCAACUCGGGGUCCGUGGAAUCCCUCAAGCGCGGCUCUACUUUUUCCACUUCGCCCAACGCUGCUACCAUUCAGAAUGGAACCUUCUCAUGGGACACUUCCAAGGAGCCUGUUCUCAAAGAUAUCACUAUUACUGUUCCUCGGGGCAGCUUCACUAUGCUCAUUGGGCCGUCCGGGUGUGGAAAAUCAACUCUUCUCAAGGCUCUCCUUGGUGAGAUCCCUUGUGCCGAGGGAAAGGUCUCGUUGUCUUCACCCAGUGUGGCCUUCUGUGAUCAAACCCCAUGGCACAUGAACGGAACCAUCAAGGACAGUAUCGUUGCCAUGUCGGAGUACGAUCCUAAAUGGUACUCAACCGUGAUUCAAGCCUGUGCACUCGAAGAAGAUUUAAGUCAAUUCCCUCGCGGCGACUCCAGUAUUAUUGGAAGCAAGGGUGUCGCACUCAGUGGUGGUCAAAGCCAGCGUAUUUCUCUCGCCCGCGCGGUGUACGCCCGUCGAAAGGUGAUCAUUUUGGACGACGCUCUCAGCGGCCUCGAUGCCACCACUGAAAACCACAUCUUCCACUACCUCUUUGGUAACUACGGUCUUUUCCGAGAUAUUGGUACCUCCAUCAUCGUCGCCUCUUCUUCUGUGAAGCGUCUUCCCUACACCGAUCAUAUUGUGGUUCUCGACCCUACCGGUCGCGUUUCUGAACAAGGCAGCUUCAGCGCUCUCAAUAAGACGGGCGGUUAUGUUGCCAGCUUCGGCCUCGGCAGUCCUGAAUGGGAGUACAAGACAAAGCGAUUCUCCGAGUGUCCCAGCAGCAGCACCUUCGAUUCGGUCGAGAAAGAGAAGGAGCUUUUGGCUCCUGAGCCUGAGCACCGCGAGACUGGCGGUGACUUGACGAUCUACACAUACUACAUCAACGCCAUCGGCUGGGGUCCCGCUAUGGUCUUCAUUGGUGCCAUGGCUGUUUUCGUCUUCUGUCUCUCGUUCCCCAGUAUCUGGUUGAAGUGGUGGGCCCAAUCCGACACAUUGGAGCCCAAGCAACACGUCGGCUACUACAUGGGCAUCUACGCGAUGCUCGGCGCGGUCGCUAUGCUCUCUCUCAUUCUUGGCUGCUGGCAAAUGAUUAUCACUAUGGUUCCAAAGUCAGGCGAGAGCUUCCACCGCAAGCUUUUGGUCACCGUUCUCAGUGCUCCUAUGCUGUUCUUCUCAACCACCGACAGCGGUUCUAUCCUCAACCGAUUUAGUCAGGAUUUGCAACUUAUCGACAUGGAACUUCCUAUCGCCGCCAUCAACACUAUUGCUACUCUCUUCCUUUGCUUGGCUCAAAUGGCACUGAUCGGGGUUGGAUCUGAAUAUGCAGCCAUCUCCUUCCCUAUCGUGCUCGGUAUCUUGUUCCUGAUUCAGAAGCUUUACUUGCGUACCUCCCGUCAGCUCCGUUUCCUGGAUCUCGAGGCUAAGGCUCCGCUCUACUCCCACUUUACCGACUGCCUUCAGGGACUUGUUACCUUGCGAGCCUUUGGAUGGCUACAUGGUAUGGAGAAGAAGAACAUUGAGCUCCUGGAUCAGUCUCAGAGGCCAUUUUACUUCAUGUUCGCUAUCCAGCGGUGGUUGACUCUUUCGCUUGAUCUUCUUGUCGCUGGGAUUGCGGUCCUUCUGAUUGUGCUUGUUGUCGUUCUCCGUGGAACCAGCCUCGGUGCAGGCUCUGUUGGUGUCGCCCUUCUCAAUGUUAUCCAGUUCAGUCAGAGCAUCAAGCUCUUGAUUACUUUCUGGACCAACCUCGAGACCCACAUUGGUUCUAUCCUACGCAUCAAAGAUUUCACUCAAGCUGUCAAGUCCGAAGACCUGCCUGGGGAGGAUGGCGAUGUGUCUCCUGACUGGCCCCAAAACGGCGCAGUAACCUUCCACUCGGUCUCAGCCGCCUACAGACCCGAGGAGCCGGUCCUCAACGAAGUCUCACUCUCCAUCCAAGGAGGGGAGAAGGUGGGUAUCUGUGGACGAACAGGAAGCGGCAAAACCUCAAUGAUCAUGAGCAUCUUCCGCAUGAUCGAGAUGACGAGUGGUACUAUCACUGUGGACGGAGUUGACAUCACUCGACUUCCCCGUCGCGAAAUUCGCUCACGCAUCAACGGAGUCUCACAAGACUCCCUACUGUUCAAAGGCAGCGUCCGUCUCAACGCCGACCCAACGGGGGCCAGCACCGACCGAGACAUCCUGAAUGCACUCAAGACCGUGCAGCUUCUCCCUGCAAUCGAAGAAAAGGGAUCCCUGGACACCGACAUCGACGAGAUCCACCUGUCGCACGGCCAAAAGCAACUCUUCUGUCUUGCUCGAGCGCUCCUACGCCCGGGCAACAUCCUCAUUCUCGACGAGGCAACCAGCAACAUCGACACCAAAACAGAUGAGAUCAUGCAGCGGGUCAUUCGCGAGAAGUUCUGCAAGCACACAAUCCUCUCGGUUGCGCACAAGCUCGAUACGAUCCUUGAUUAUGAUCGGGUAGUGGUGCUGGACGCCGGACGGAUCGUCGAGACCGGCGAGCCGUACGCGCUCUUGACAGAACCCAAGUCGCAUUUCAGUAAACUAUACUCGAAUGCGCUGGUUGCUGAUGACGACGAGUAA